GAUUCUGAUGGCACUUGGUACUUGGGAGUUUGCAGGUACAAGUCUUUCCCUUUCCUCCAUGCAACUCCAAAUAUAUAAAAUUUCUCUCCGUCUCUAUCUCUCCCCUGACAAUAUCACAUGCACUUGAAGACAGCUCUAGACCCACCCACAUCCUCAUCCCACAUGGAUGUGAGAGAGAGGCAGCCUAAAAUACAUCUCACCCACAUACACUCAAGCAACUCUUAAUUUCUCUCUCCAGGAAAAAGGAAAACUUUUCAUUUUUAUUUUUUCCAACUCUAAAGUCCUUAACUCUCACAAGAAGUUUGGUUGACACAUUGCAACAUUUUCAUAAAACAACAAACCUUCCCAUCUGUUAUAGCUGUCUUCCCAUUUGUUCUUUGAGGAAAACAUCUCAUGUUGGAUCGCCAAAAGAUUCCUUUACACGUUGCAUUGGUUUUAGUUUCUUUUAGGCAAUUGAAGGUAAUGUUUUUGAUAACUCUGGAUGCUGUGUGCUUAUUGUUGUAAUGGGUCCCCUCCAAUUUCUUAGGCCCUUUUGUGGUUCUCACACAAGGCUUUGUCUGGUUUAUUCUGUGAAACCCAACAAGGUUUCUUUCGCUCACUCAUUAGAUUGGAUUUGAUCUUCUGGGUUUACUUUUACAUUUGGUUUCUUUACUUAAUUCUUGCACACUGUUGAGAUUGAGGAAAAUCUGAGGAAAACCCAAAAGGGUAUCCAUGUUAUAAGAGGAAAUGCUAUGGAAGUUGGGAUCUUUGAUUGAAAAAGGACCAUUUUUAUUUGGUGGCAUCUCGAUGAAGAAAAAAUUUAUCUUCUUUGAGCUGUAAUUAGCUGGAGAUAGUGAGUUUUGAGAAGACUCUUGGGGUCUUGUUGAGGAGUAAUAAGUAGGUAACUUGAUUUAGUGUUAACUUCUGUUGGGAAGCUGUUUUUGAGAUUACAUGAAUGAAAUUGAAAGAGCUGCAAUUGAGCUGUUGGCUUUGCAUUUUGUUGAGAGGGAAGGAACAAAAGCAGGAUAAUUUAGAUAUUUCUUGUACUUAAGCAGGUAAAUGGUGUCAGUGUGUAUCAAGGACACUGGGGGUGUCCCAAUUUUGCAGCUUGUCAAUUGAGUUGCUGGAGAAAUUGCAAUUGCCUGAAAACACUGAAAUUGGUUUCAGAGGGUUUAGAGGUGUGUGUGAAAUUACUGAUUCUUGAUUCUGGCUUGUCAUUGAAAGUUGUGAAUUGCGUAUUGUAAAAUUUGGUUCCGGCAUUUUUGAAGAGCUUUAGAUUCAUAUGGGGGCUCAGAAGCUGUAAAACUCUAGCUUGAAGAUAGAACAGUAGAUGGAUGUUUAGGAAGUGGGAGUAAUUAAUUGUCUUGGUCAGAGGACAUAGAGAUGGCUGCAAAACUUCUGCAUUCUUUAGCUGAUGAUAACCCAGAUUUGCAGAAGCAAAUAGGAUGCAUGAACGGGAUUUUUCAAAUUUUCGAUCGUCACCAUGUACUCACUGGUAGACGAAUUAGCCACCACAGGAGGCCUCCUCCAGGGAACUCCCAUUUCAGAAAUGGUGGCCUGGAAAGGGAGUAUAACAAUGCAUACCAUCGUCAGACAGUAGCUGAAAUGAAUUUGAACAAGAGUAUUAAUGAGAAACAAAGAAUCUCAACUGAAUCAUCAAGAGCCUCUUUCUCAUCCACUUGUUCUUCCUUAUCAUCUGUGGACUAUAACAAGACAGCUCAACCAGGAACCUCUUCCUUUGACAGAAUCAUUUUUCCUGAAACUCCCCCAAGGGACCCAGUGACUCAAUCAAGUACAUCCCCUAAACUAGGGAGGCAAUCCUUUGAUCUCCGGGAUGUGGUGAAGGACUCUAUGCAUAGGGAAGUCAGGGGACUUUCAGUUAAAACUGCAACCAAAGAGGAAGCAGCUGGUCGUGCAGUGAAGCAUAGGGACUCUCCAAGACCCUUACAGCUGUCCAAAUCAGUGGAAGGAUCUAAUGGAGUUGGGAUCAAUGGGAAGCAAAAUGUCCCUGCUGACCUCAAGGAAUCUCUUAGAGUUCUUGCUAAACUUCGAGAAGCACCUUGGUAUGAUGACGAUGCCAGAGAUCAUCCAAGAUCAUCAUAUGAAUCGAAAGAUGGUUCAUGGCAUACAAUUUCAAAGGAUGCUCCACGUUUUUCUUAUGAUGGUAGAGAGAGAAAUCGUUUGUCUUUGGAUUCAAGAGAUACCUCCAAAUCAACCCCAAAGCUAAAAGAGUUGCCAAGACUUUCACUGGAUAGCAGAGAAGGUUCAAUGCGGAGUUACCACUCUGAUUCAAAAACACAUCACCCUUCAAAAGGUUUUCAGAAUAGUGGCAACUCAAAUGACAGAGACCCUAAUCUACCUCAGUCAUCCGGAACUCAUAAUCGGCCUCCUAGUGUUGUAGCAAAGUUGAUGGGUUUGGAAACCUUGCCAGAUUCUGCCUUGACUAGUGAUAGUCACUUGAUUAAAACCUGCCCGGUUAAAGAUUUUGAUCCUUUUUCAAAAUCACUGAAGACAAAUAAUCUGCAGAGGCCUAUGAAAAUUUCUAACACCACAAGAAAUUCUAUGAAAGACCCAACAUCACCACGGUGGAAAAAUCCAGAUUUGGUUAUGAGACCUAUUUCAAGUUCAAGGUUUCCAAUUGAACCAGCACCAUGGAGAAUGCAGGAUGGAAGUCGAGGUUCUCAGAAACCAUCUUCCAAACCUGUUAAAGUUCAAGUAAGGACUCCGGACUCCUUCCCUUCUGUUUAUAGUGAGAUUGAGAAGAGAUUGAAAGAUCUGGAAUUUAAACAAUCUGGGAAGGAUCUCAGAGCUCUUAAACAGAUUCUGGAAGCAAUGCAAGCAAAAGGGCUGUUAGAGACCAAAAAAGAAGAACAAGCUUCAAAUUUUGGAACUCAAAAAGACAAUGAAUCAAAAUAUACAAGUUCCAGUCAAAAUUCAAGGUCAGUGAACCAAAGAAACACAAGCAACCAUGUAAUUUCUUCCACAACUAGAGGCUCCGCUUCCUCUAGGACUUUUGAAUCCCCAAUUGUCAUCAUGAAACCUGCAAAACUUGUUGAAAAAUCUGGCAUUCCCACUUCAUCAUUAAUUUCAAUAGAUGGCCUUUCUGAUGCCCAAACUCUUCAGAGAGGGGGAAUAAUAGAUAAUAAGAGGGGUUCAACUAGCAGCCGAACAGUUAAAGAUCAGUAUCCUAAAAACAGUCGGAAGGACUCUGCUGUCAGUUCCACUGACAAAAAAGCAACUGGCAGGAAUAUAAGAUCAACACAAUCUGUGCCAAAGGAAAUCACUGUAACAAAUUCAGUAAAGAGCUCAGGAUCCGUGAGCCCAAGACUACAACAGAAGAAGCUUGAGUUGGGAAAGCCAUCUCGUCCACCUACCCCCCCAUCUGAUUCAAAAAAGUCCAGAAGGCAAUCCAGCAGGCAAUUAACAGAGUCAGGUUCACCAGGUGGAAAACUCAGAUCAAAAUCUUCCAACUUGCAGCAAAGUGAUGACCAAUUGAGUGAGAUAAGUAAUGAAUCUAGAACUUUGAGUUUCCAAGGAGAUGACCUUGAUAUGGAAAUCACUAGUAAUGUUCGAGCUACUGAGAUAAAUGACAGCCAGAGUCCAUCUUUGAAAGCUGCCAAGUAUUUGGCUUCCAGUUCAAUGCAGCAAAUAUCAACUCCAAGGUUGGAAGAAGAUGGAUCUGUUGCGGAACUGGCUACAGUUGCUCCAGAACAUCCUAGUCCCGUCUCUGUUCUUGAUGUCUCAGCAUAUAGAGAUGAUGCACCAUCUCCUGUAAAGCAGAUGCCAAAUGCCCACCAAGGUGAGAGUGCUGAAGAUUCUAACCACGGCGAAGGUGAAGAGCAAUGGAACCCUGCAGAUAAGCUUGACAGCAUGGGAGCUGGUCUUAGCUCGGAAAUCAAUCGCAAGAAACUGAAAAACAUUGAAAAUCUAGUUCAGAAGCUUAGACGAUUGAACUCAAAUCACGAUGAAGCAAGAACAGAUUAUAUUGCAUCACUCUGUGAGAACACAAAUCCAGACCACAGAUACAUUUCUGAAAUAUUGUUAGCUUCAGGUCUCCUACUCAGAGACCUUGGCUCCAGCUUGACAACAUUUCAGCUCCAUCCCUCAGGCCAUCCCAUCAACCCCGAGUUAUUUUAUGUUUUGGAGCAAACCAAGGCAAGCAGUUUGCUUGCAAAAGAAGAAUGCAUCCCUGAGAAGGUAACCCAUGCGAAUCAAGGGAGAGAGAAAUUUCAUCGAAAACUCAUAUUUGAUGCAGUCAAUGAAAUUCUUGUUGACAAGUUGGAUUUAGUUGGCAUCCCUCCUGAGCCAUGGUUGAAGCCUAACAAACUGGCCAAGAAGACCCUUAAUGCACAAAAGCUGCUGAAGGAACUGUCUUGCGAGAUAGAACAACUGCAAACCAAUAAAUUGGAGUGCAGCUCAGAGGAUGAGGAUGAUGGUUUGAAAAGCAUUUUGUGUGAGGAUGUGAUGCAUCGGUCAGAAAGUUGGACAGUUUUCCAUGGUGACUUGUCUGGUGUAGUGUUAGACGUUGAACGACUGAUCUUCAAGGAUUUGGUUGACGAAAUCGUUGUUGGUGAGGCAGCUAGUUUGCGAGCAAAACCAGCUAGGCGCCGUAGGCAGCUGUUUGCUAAAUAGUGUCUUCUAAUUCUUCUCCUUACCGUUUUACUGUUGUGAUUUAAUUUUUUUUUUUUUUUGGUGACGAGCACAGUGGCACAAUAAUAAAAUGUGUGUAAGAUCUACAGUUCUGAAUGCUAGAUUGUAAAGAAGUUUAACUUGUCAAAGUCCUUAAAAAGAUAAACGUAUAUUUGAAGAUCAAUUUAUAAGAUCCCUUUUUCUCCUCUCCA